CGCAGUUUAGAAUGUUAUUCCAAGGGUUUCAUCUGCUGCUAGCAAUUUUUUUGCUGAGUCUUCCUCGAGUUCCCGGCAUUUUCGAGCCCACAGACCGCAUCAUUGGUGGAAGUAAAGUAGCUAUCACAGAAGUUCCUUGGCAGGUGUCUCUGCAAUAUAAUGGCCAGCAUUUCUGCGGUGGAUCCAUCUACAGUGAAACCAUUAUCAUAACGGCUGCGCACUGUGUUGAGGAUAAGAUGACUUUGCCCCUCGACAUUCGAGCUGGAUCCUCUGAUUACCAGAACGGUGGCACUUUGGUACAAGUAGAAGCCAUCCGAUAUCAUGCAGAAUACAAACGAUUGGCCAACGAUGUUGCUGUUUUAAAAUUGAGAUAUCCUCUAACUUUUUCGGAUGCCAUCCAACCAAUUUCCUUGGCUGAGAAGAACCCAGCCGAAGGAUCGGUGGCCUUAACCACUGGCUGGGGUUCUGUUGGUUUGAUUAAUGAUACACCGCAAGAACUACGGGGAGUUCAAGUCAAGAUCGAAAAUUGGUUGUGGUGUAGAAUAAAAUAUUUUUUUGUAAUGUAUUCAGAUGACAUUUGCGCCGGAAGCGCCUUUCAAGCUAUUUGUAGAGGAGACUCCGGUGGACCCUUGGUCGUCGAUGGCAAACUGGUGGGCAUCACCUCAAGAACUGGAAACUUUUUGUGUUUGGCCUCUGGACUUUACGCGAGUGUGGCGAAAUACAACACGUGGAUUCACCAGGCAAUCGAAUCGUUUUAAUCGCAUUUUCCCCACAACAAGAUGUUGAAAAAUGUAACAAAACUUUAUUUAAACCCAAAUAAAAUUAAAUACAGUAUCAGUCAAUUAAAAUGUGAAAGUGAAAAAUA